AUGGUUCGAAGCAAUGCUCCUCUUUCCUUAAAAAUCGUUCUCAUUGGCGGCGCAAACAGUGAUAUAGGUCUACGGAAACCAUAUCAUAUCCUCUUUGCUGCGGGUUCUUUGGGGAAAGCUCAAUCUGCGGUGGAUGAUUUAAAGAAAGAGGUUCCUAAAUUCAAGAAUAUGAUUGAGACACUCGAGGUUAAUCUGUGCAACCUUCGAUGUCGCAUAUAUCAACGGAAAAUGAGCUCGUCGCGAAUGCUUCAACAAUGCCCACAAUAUCUCCCUCUAGUAUUCUCACAGGCCUUUCAGCAAUCAACCAAGUCUCUCAACAAUACUUUUCAACUCCUCCACAACCAGCUGGUCGGCAAAGAAAUAGAGUUCGAGACAAAUGAAUAUAGAUGUUCGAAAACGGCACUUCAUAUGUUGGUAAUGGAUUGGAAUCAUAACUUUGCAGAUGGAGUGAAGGUUUGGGCAAAUGGACCAGGAAUGUGUGCUACGAAUCUUGAGGAUUGGACCGGAGUUUGCUUAUGA